AUGGCGCGUUUUAAGUGCCGGCACGCUGGCGAUUGGGGAUAUGAAAACGGUGCUCAGUUCAUGGACGCUGAGUAUGAUCGUGCCUGCGGAAUGGAGAUGCCUCAAGCGCUCUGGGCACAGCAGUAUGCUCCACAGCCCGAUCAGUCGGGGUGGCUGAAUCCUUACCAGCUGCCGCUGCCUGUAGUGCUGCUGUGCAGUGGCCAUUGGAUGCCAAUGGAUCAGCAAAGGGUUGACGUCCAGUGGGAACAGGACGAGCACACGCCGCACCUGGCUGACGUUGGGCGUGCAAUUCCCAUCCAUACCUUUUCCAACUUCUUGCCCCGUGCCAAUGUGCGCUGGUGCAGGGAUGUGGACAGGGAGCAAGUGGAGCGCACACUGGAACGUGCACAAAAGCAAAUCCAGAAACUCGAAAAGGAGUUGCAAUGGCAAGCCAACAGCUGCUUGAUGAGCCAGACUGCCAUCAGCGUUCUUGAGGAACAGGUGCAAGACCUGCAGUCUGCCAUUGAGAUCUUCUUGGAAGAUGAGCGCAACCAGUGCACUGAGAGGACGGUUGCCUCUGAGCACGUUCUGCGGUGCGAAGAGGAAGCUGGGUGUGACGCUUUGGCUAGCGAGGCGGAGACCCUCCCAACAGUGGAGUGCAUGGGGCCGAUGCAGAGCCAUGACGAGCUCGAGGUUCGCAAGCUCCCCCUGGAGAGGUCCUGCGAAGCGGAGCCAUCGCUGGCAGGCCUACGCGAUGCCGAGGAGCCGGUGGCGACGGAGGGCGCGCCUCCAACUGCUGCUGUGCUGCCACAAAUGUUGGCCCAGUUGCUGACGUGCUUCCUCGGGUCCGGCAGUUCCCCUCUCGCUGUGCCUACGCCUCGGUCAGGGCAGUCCCAGACGAUGGAAGAGCCUGACGAAAAGCGGCUUUCUACGGCGAGCACUUGCGACUCUGACGGACGGCCGGCUCCGGAGGAUCUUCUUCCAGAUGCGUCAGAUGAGAGAGCUGCAGAUGAGGAGCGCAUGGCAGCGGAGGGCGCGCUUCCGAUUGCUGCUGUGCUCCCUGGGCUGCCGAUUGGCCCGCACCUGGACGUCGAGCGCCUCCCUUGUGGCCCCGACGCGCCUGAGGACAUGGUUGGAGCUGCGGUUUCACCCGGUCGACGGGUGAAUGCGCAGGAGCCAGUGGCGACGGAGGGCGCGCCUCCAACUGCUGCUGCGCCACCACAGCUGUCGCUCUGCAAAGACAUCGCCUGCAAUGACCAGGAUUCCUGCGACGAUGAGCAGCAAUGCGGUGACGAUCGGCCAGCCUCGGCCCAGACAGAGGUUGCCGAUCGCCACGCUGUCGACGAGCGGAGGUCUACGGCUGAUGCGGCGUGCCAGACAGACGGCGAGCACUGCACCGUCGGACCACAGCCUCGGCCCAAGGCGCUCGAAGGCAUCGAAGUCCGCAUCGGGGAAUGCUCUCCCCACGACCUCCAUGUGCCAAACCUGCUGCCGUAUCUGAGCGUGCAGGAGUUGAUGAGUUGGCGCCUGGUCUCGCGACGCACCAGAAGCCCCGAGGCCUUGCUAAAUCACUUGGAAGAGAUGGGCAGCAUGGACAGGUCCCAGUCAGUGGUCGCUUUCGCGGAAAAGGUGGACGCCUUUGAGACCAACCCGAAGACAUCCUUUGCGGCAGCCUUUGGAGGCGAUGCCGAGCAGCAGAAGUUAUACGAGUGUCGGUUGUGGUGUAUGGCCCUGGCAUCCGAGAACAAAACCCAUUUUGCUCAAAGUGUCGUCGAUGGCAUCGUCGGCGACAACCUCGAAAGUCUGCUUAGGCACGGUCAGAGUACGGACACGCGUGUUGCUUGGGCCGCCUCGCUCGUGGUUUCGAACUAUGCAUCCGAUUUCCUCCCUUGUGUGCAGCAACGAACUGCGGUUGCCACGCUCGCCCUGAUGGAAGACUUAGUCGAGUCCAACACGGGCGACAACUUGUCACCGAAAGGGCCGAUACGGUUUUGCAACCAAGUGCUUGCCCGGGUAUGGCGCUCACUGAGCAGGCCUCAGCGUCAGAAGUGGGUGUCCCUUCUGGUCAAGCUACUCAUGGGCCGCUGUGUCCCCCAAGAAAUCAAAAUGCAAGUGAUUCAACGACUGGAUUUGGUUUUUUCGCUUGAUGGCCCUCCCACGGAAAGCUAUGCAGAAGCCGAACAGCAGCUGCAGAUUCUCGCGAAGUCCGGCGCCGAAGAUCUGUGGCUGCAGCGCAUGAUCAGGCUUUACAUGCAGUCCUGCUUCAGCUGA